UAUUGCUUGGCUUUUCCACGUUUUCCAAUAUCCAGUCUACACGACUUUAGAAUACGUUUCGUCUCCCAUACACGACAUAUCCACUAUGGGUCCACUAGUUCUAUUCCCCCAGCGUUUUUGGCGCGCGACAGUUCUAACUGCUACAAAGCUACUUCCACUUCUGGGCAUACGAGCAGAUCUCUUGGAGCACAAGAAUUAUGGCUAGCCCUUGGGCAAGACCGGCAUUUAAAGGAAAGGGACGAGAUUCCAGUCCUUUUACGCCGCGUCAGUCCUUAAAUUAUUCUUCAUUUCUUGGAGAUUCAGCUAAGAGGUUUGUAGGAAUGUAUAAAGCACAACCUACACUUUUUUUAUCCAUAGCACUGGCUAGUUUUUUCUUAGCCAAAAAAAGAAACAGUGACAAAACAAAUAAGCAACAAAAACAGCUAUGUAUUAUUUCUAAUUCAAUGCCCUACUGGUCCGCGACUCGCGACGUGUUUCAAUAAGCCCAUAAACAAUUUCACGCUGUUUCUGUAGCCCACGCACAGGUCACCCAAGCUAGUGGCGCAUACACCAGGGUUGUGAUACUAAGGUUAUCGUAGGUUGUGAAGGCUUGUUUAGGAAUGCAACGGAUUUAUUAUUAAUAAUACAAAUAAGCAUUAAUUUACUAGAGGUUUCAAAUUAUAAUAUGCCAUACCAGCGUUGUACAAAUCUAUAAAUAAGUUCUACUCCACUUGCACCUCAUGUCGACAAACUGUAAAUCUACAGAAAGAAUCCACAUGCAAAUUCUUUGUGAUUUUUGACUCAGAAUAUAAACAGUUACUGUAAUAUUAAACAGUAAUGUAUGAAUUUUAAAUGAAGAUAUGAUCAUUGCAGUGGUUAUUGCAAUUUGCUGUAAGCAGUUACAAAUAAAGAUGAAAAAAAUUCGCUGUGGCGCUAUAUGGCCGGUAACCGGUCAAGGCUUUCAAAACACUAAAUGGCCGGCAGUCCUAUAUUCUCAGCAAACUUCACAAAAUCGAAAGAUUCUAGCUAAUCUAAACUAUCAUAUAUUGAUUUAGAAAAGUCAAGCGAUGCUGACACGCUUUAUAGAUCUCAAGUCUAGUGUUUGGUUUACAUUGGGCUCAGAGGACGAAACCAUGUUUUGUGACACUUAGAACAUUUUGAUGAUGAUGAUGAUGAUAAACUUUAUUUCAGUGUCAGGUCUUCUAGCUGGCCAUGUAAGGCCUACUAAUAGGGGACACAAAAUUAAAAUACUAUCAGCUCUAACUAAUUAAUAUAAAAAAAUAUUUACAAAGAAUAAAAUUUACAAAAAUGUACAUACUAAAAAAAUAUGGAUAAAACGUAUUCGGAUUUAUCAUAUAAAAUAAUACUUAUUGAUUAAGAGGUGUCCUUUUUGCCUAGAAAAUGUCAUUUAUGUACAACAUAGAAAGCAGUUUUUACAGCCCUUUGUGAUUACUUUUUCAAGAUCUACCGUACGAAUUUCCUUUUUAAAGCUGUAAAUUAUUCUGCAUUUUUUACAUCCUUGCUUAAUUUAAACCAUAUUACUGGGCCCACGUAUCUUAGGCUAUGUCUCCUGUAAGUUGUUGUGUUGUAUCGAGGAAUAAAAAAGUCACCAGAAUUUCUGAGCCCACAGCGAGGUUUAUUGAGCUUAAAAAUGUCCUUUAUGUACGGAGGGCAUAUAUUGUACUUUGCCUUAUACAUAAUCAUGGCCCUAUCCUGCGAUCGGCGACAGCCUAGUGUCGUGAGUUUAGCUUUUCUCAAGAGCUCAUCGUAUGAACUUCUCGUAUCGCAGUAGAGGGCACUUAACGCUCGCUCUUGUACUCGCUCCAUCUUUCUGCUAUCCGACACCCGACAGAAAUGCCACACUGUAUGACAGUAUGUAAUUUGAGGCAUCAUUGUUCAUAACAUCAAUUUUCAUCUGUUUAUUUUUAAGCUUCGACUGCCGGUCAAGGUUUUCAAAACACAAAAUGGCUGACAGUCCUAUAUUCUCAGUAAAUUUCACAAAAUCGUCAACAAGAUAAUGUUGAAGUGUAUUUCAGCUAGACUUUUCCCAUUGGUUUCCCGCAAAGGCCGUAUGAAAGGUCAAGAUGGUAUGACGUCGAACGUCGCCUGUCACGCCAUACUUUGGACAGAAAAUAGUAACGAACAUCCAAAGACUCGCGACCAACAAAACAUGAUAUAGAAAUCCCACAAAACCGGCUGGUUUGUUCAGGAUCACGACACGCGAUAGUUUAGAUUAGCUGGAAUUUUUCGAUUUUGUGAAAUUUACUGAGAAUAUAGGACUGCCUUGACUGGCAGUCGAGCUGAAAAAAGUUUCGUCCUCUGAGCCCAGUGUAAACCAAACACUAGACUUGAGAUCUAUAAAGUGUUUCAGGAUCGCUUGACUUUUCUAAAUUGACAUAUGAUACGGUAGUUUAGAUUAGCUAGAAUCUUUAGAUUUUGUGAAAUUUGCUGAGAAUAUAGGACUGCUGGCCAUUUAGUGUUUUCAACACCUUGACCGGUUACCGGCCAUAUAGCCACUGCAAAAAAAAUUUCGUGACUUCAAUGAGUUUCGAACCCAUGGCCACUGGGUUAGCACUGCAGUGCUCUACCAUUUGAGCUAUUAAGACCCAUACAUUGGGAGCCGGCCAAUUUGUUGAGUUCAUCUUAACUCGUGAAAGAUAUGAAAUGUGAAGAUGAUGUGGACUGUAGAAGUACAAAUUUUAAAUGAAGAUAUGAUCGCAAUGAAUUGUACAAUAAGAUUUACUUUGUUUGUGACAUUGUAUUUUACAUGUCUGGUAUCUUGCCUCAGAAGUCAGCAAAGAGUCCCACUGAAUUCUCAGAUUCUGGAAGAGACGGAUCAGCAUAGAGUAGAGACAUUUGGUUUUCCUUUACCAGUCCAGAUCAGCGAGGCACUCACAAGCAGAGAUGGUAUUUUUGCUUUUCAUGUAUUUGCUUGAUGUUUUAAAUAUUAGGAAAUAUGUUUCUUUGAACUUGCAUUUGUGUCACGUACUGAGGACCAACUCCAUCAGAGGUUCAUUUGCCUAAUGGCUUUUACAGUCAAUUCCCUCCUCACAGACACCUUGCUAUUUAAGGUGGACACUUGUAUAAGACAAACACCUGGUGAUUGUCCCUUUCCUGCCAUUUUUCAGUCAUUACUGCAACUAAAUUGUUUAUGAAACAGUCACUUAUCUUAAGACCCACUAUUGGAGCUGGCCUCAACAGUUCCCAUCUUAAAAAAAAUUCAUUGUGUUGCAGAAAGUAUUUAUCUCUACUGAUGUAGUAAUGAUAUUCCAUUGGCCCUUGCUGGCAGUGUUAGCCUAUUGUUAUUUGUUUUAACUGCAGCUGUGUUAGCUCAGUCGGUAGAGCGCGUGACUGCAGAUCGGGAGGUCGCAGGUUUGUUUCCUGGGGGCCAGACCAAUAAUCAGGAUCUUCAAAUAACUGAGAAUUGAGGGUGCUCCCUUUGCACUGCAAGGGGCUACACCUUCGCAUGGCUCAGAUGGUGGUCCCGUCUCCAGUGGCAGACGUAAAAUGUAUUGUGUCCCCAAUUAGUACUUACGUGCUAAAUACAUUGACGCUCAAAUAAAGUGCAUUGAUUUUUUUAUUUAUUUAUUUUUAUUUUAUUUAUCACUCAUUAUCGUUCAAUUUUAUCCUUGGUAAAUUAUAAAUUAAUAUUUCUCUUUGUUUAAAAACUUCAGUUUUUUAAGGACAUCCUUGGUAAAUUAUAAAACAAAACAGUUUUGAAAAUUUUUUUGAUCACUCUUUGUUUGUUUAAAAAAGUGCGCCUCAUUGGUUGAAAAGUGUACAUUGCCAUUGCCAUGCCCCAAAACAAAGGGAAGUAAAAUUUAAACCAAGGCCAAAAUUGAAACACAACAUACAUAUGUUGUACAUAGGUCAAAAUUAAAUUCUGGUUAAAAUUUUUUAACCUACAAUAGGUUGAUUCUCAAUUUCCUUGGUCUCCUAGCCCUAAGUAAUAUAUGAAUAGGUAUUAUUCGUGAAUUAGGGCUAAUUGAGAAUCAACCAAGGUUAAAAAACUUUAAACUUGUCGCUAGAGUUUUUUGUGUAAUAGAAAAUAGAACAAUGACAGGGACCAGAAAAUUGACCAGUUAUUAUGCUAGACAACACCUACAAAUAAAAUAUAAUAGGAAAUUGAGAAGAGGUAACAUUUAUUUAUUUUGAAAUGCAAGUUGUUUGAGGUAUUUAACUUUAUUUUAUAGUCACCGGUGAUCAACACAUCAGUGUAAAGAUUUCCCCUUUUGGUUGGGCUUGGCUUGUUACCGGAAGGAAAUUGUUUAUUUGGCGCUAUGUGCCAGGAGCUGAAGCAAAGGUUUGUCUUCAGCUGUUGUUUGACGUCUCAGCCCUUUGAUUCCAGAUACUUGUGUUAAAUAAAAUCAUGUCAUGCUGUGUUUGAUUCAGAAAUUACCCAAGCCUAACAGUGCUUGAGGCAAUGAUAUUUUUACAACUUUAUUACGAUGUUUCUUUGUAUAGUACAAUUGACUGUACAUGUAUGUGUCCAUAUUUUCAGACAGUACAGUGGUCAGUUAUUGAGUUAUUGAGGAUAAUGUUAUUUUUUUAUUUGUUGACAUUUUAAGUUGUUUUCUUGUUGUAUAUUGGUUAUUGAGGAUAAUGUUUUUUUUUUAUUUGUUAACAUUUCAAGUUGUUUUCUUGUUGUAUAUAGAAUUCUGUUUUUAAAAACUAGAGACAAACCUUUUGUAAUUUCCUGUGGAAGAGGAACAAAAUUAUUCAAAAAACAUAAUCACAUGAAUGGUACGUGAAUUGUUUCUGUAAGUUUAAAAUGCCAGAUUUUAAACCCUGUUAUACAACCCACGCAUUGUAUGCAUGCACAUCUUGUGCUUAAUUUGAUCAUUAUAAAAAAAGAAUUAUAAGAGGUGACUUGGCACACUUAAAUGUGCUAAGUUAAUAUUAUAUUUCUUCCAUAACUUUAUAGUAAAUACUGAAAAAUUAAUAAACAUUCAUUUGGCUGUUGUGUUUAUCAGGGAGUAUUUUAUAAGGAGUUGAUUUUGCCAGCUUCUGAGUUGUACCAUAUGGCUGAUCUUGUUUGUGUAAUGGAUUGUUCUGGUGAUGUAUCUGGUGUCUCCAUUAUGGCUGUUUCUCCUGAGGGACUGGUGCGUUACUGGCCAAGUCUUGUUAAUGACACUGCUGUGCUUGAUAUGGAAACAGACUUGAUAGGAUGCCAAUGCCAUUCAUUGACUGCUUUACAGGUGUGAUGUAGACAUAGUUUUCAUUUUCAAAUUCAACUUUUCCGGUUGUAAUAAACUAAUAUCUUACUAGAUUACAUGUAUAAUAUGAUAGUAUCAAUUUAAUUACACUUAGUUAUACAAGGAAUAGUGUGCUUGGUCAAAAGCAAUAUUUUUUUAUUAUGCAUGGAAAGUCUCUGCCACCCAAGGUAUCAAAACAGUCACAUGUUUUCUGCUAGAGUUUCUUAUCAGAUGUUGAUUGAAAGUUGGAUAAUGAACUGGUAGGGAAACUCUAAAAGCAGAAAACAUGUGACUUGUUUUGUUACCCUGCUGGCAGAGACUUUUCAUGCAUGGUAACCAGUCCUCAGAAUCAGGACAUUCUGCUAAUUGGAUCCUCGGAUUGAAUGUUGUAUGUACGAAACAGCGCUCGCCCCUCUCCCCACGCAUAAGAAAAAACCUCUGGUGCCCAAAGUAUUCCUUUGUGGGGGACAUGUUAAUGACAAGAAGUGAUUGGCAAAGGAAAUGCCAAACUUGUUAAGCAGUUUGUAAAACAACUACCUCUUGAAAAUGUUAUUUUUGAUGUAUAGUUUUCUACAUGUCACGAUAUUCGAUCUAUGACAUUUUAAUAUCGGACUUGACAGUAAAUCAACAUAGGAACUUGCAUGAUGUAAUCUAAUAAUAGUAGUUGAAUCAUUGCCUUAGUUUACGAACGGCUGUUACUUGAUUAGAACAAUAAUUCAUUGAUUCUCUUGUAAUGCUCGGAGAUUCAUUAUUAAAACUGGAGUUGGCUAGUUGAUGCGUCUCUCUCUUUAUGUCACUAAUUCGAACGACAAAAAUUUUAUCAAUUAAAUUACAUAUUUUUUGAAUUGUAUGUAGAAAAUUGACCUGUGCUUAUGAAAAGUCACCAAAAUAUAUAUGAAAAUAUAAAACAAGAUAGUCAAAUACAUUUUACGAAUUUCUUAUAAAGAUUCCUGACUUGUGUUCUGCCCUAGAAGUUAGUGUGGUAGUUGAAUAAUAAACAAUAUAUGAGUGGUUUCGUUAUAUUAUAAAAUUGUGUAAAAUAUAUUAUAAUAUUUAUUAUUCUUGCAGCCCUAUGGUUGUAUCCUGAUGACUACCACUAAUGAACUGGUACUAUUAAGUGGUUCACAGGUAUUUAUAAAGGCAACUGCUCACAAUCAAUAACCUCCAAUUAUAUUGGCCUGUACUACAUGUACAUGACCCUCCUGAGUGCAAAACACAUUGUGUUAUGCUCAGGGAGUUUUUUUAGAUGUUAGCAUAAAGUACAAGACAUGCAAGAGGAAGAAAAUAGAAAGUAUAAAUGCUUGUAAACAGGUUAUUAAACUGUUUCUUUGUAACACACUUGCACUCCAACAAUAAUUGAUUGGUCAAUUAUUGACCAAUCAAAAGAUGUUAAGAUUAUUGGCUGCAGCAAACUUGCCUAUUACUCUACAGUCGCCUUGUAUUUACAUAACAUGGAAUUCCAUUGUUUGAAGUGUGGAGUCAAAAUUACAUGUAUGUCACAACUGUGAUCAUCCAGUUUUGCUUUUAUCCCUAUAGGGUGUUCAUGGCUUACCCCAAAAGCCAGCAAAUUUGUGAAUUUCAGUUGCAUUGAUUUAAAAAAAAAUCCUGAUGCAAGUGGCAGAGAAAAAAGAACAGGAAUUUUCUGUUUGCUCCCACUAACUCAAUGGAGGUGCAUGGAGGCACUGGUGUGAUGGGUUUUGGGGAAAAAAAUGCUGUGAAGUGUGCAUUGUGUACAAAGAAAAAGACCUCACUCUAUACAUACAUCUGACCCACGAAUGGUUGCAGAAUUUAGAAAAACUCACUUUGUUAGGAAAGUAGAGACCAUUAACUCACCAAGGUGACGUGAAAUCAUGUCAGAUUUUAACGUGAUGAUAUUGUUGAAUUUAUAUUCAUUCAUCAUGCAACAUAUGAUACAAAUCAGCCCAAAGAAACUUAGUUUUGCAAGAUGAACAUUUAGGAGAGAGAACCUCAGAUCUACUGAUAAAAACAAUACCAUCAUUAUUUUACAGCAGGGGCGGAUCUAGGGGGUGGUUGCAGGGGGUGCGCACCCCCCUGAGAUGACAUGUGGUUUUCUAAUACAACUGGUAUUCUGCAAAAAAACAACUAUGUGGUUUAUUGGUGUUGAAGUAGAGCAAGAGACGAGUGCACCCCCUCCUAAAAAAAUCCUGGAUCCGCCCCUGUACAGGUAAAAAAUGUCAGAUUAUCUUUCACUCAUAGAGGAGAACUGGCUUUAUUGGUGUUCCUUUUAACAUUCCCUGACAAUAGAAAAUAUUUUUUGAUAUACUUCUAGGGAAUAACUUAACAACAUGAUUUUGUAUUGUUGACUGAGAAUGCAUGCAUUAAACCAUUUUUGUGUUAAUUGCUUGUUUACUCUUUUGAACAGAAAGCAAUCAAUUGUCAAAAUCUGAAAUCAUCAAGUGGGGUUUUCUCAGACCUUGGUCGCCGUGUUUCUUCUUUCAUUUUUGGAUCUCAGCCUGCAAGCUAUAAAGUAGCAGUGAGUGUGUCUUUGAAUAGGACAUUUGCAUGAUGGCGUCAUUUUACUACUACAACUAGAAUCCUUUUCAUUUUUCCUUUCAUAUUUAAAUUUUGUAAUCUUAGUGAGGUUUGAAUAACAAAAGCCCUACUUUGCACAAGAAAGCAAAACCCUGAAGGAUUCUGGUCGUAGUAGUAAAAUGAUGUCAUCGUGCAAAUGGCCUAUUGCUGCUGUAUUAUUUUAAGUUAUCUUGCAUUCAGGCUUAUUCUUUGUAGCGUUUAGUAAUUAUUAUCAUUUUAAAAUGCAGAAAUCAGUAAAAUUAACUGAGAAUGAAGAAGAGGAUAAGAAGGCAGAGUUUUUUGUGGUUGUUCUCUGACUUGAUUUGUUUCCCACAUUUGUUAAAAUUUAGGUCAUGCAUUAUACAUGGGUAAAUAUGGUGAUUACAUGUACAUGUGUAUACAUGACUUGUACCACCGUAAUUUUUAGCCUCGCCAUUGUCAUCAACUAAGAUGUCUAAAUGUUCAUUGCACAUUCAUUCCAUUCUUAGAAGGUCUGACUGUAUAGUAAUAAGAACAGGCCAGGUAAUUUAGGGUUUUCGUGUAUGCAAAGCUUCUGAUAACCAACAAAUCUAAGGAAAAUAAUGUGCAGUACAUCUUCUGUGUAGCAGAUAAUUAUCAGAAAGUAGUGGAAACACAUCACACUGUAAGUCCAAGCUUUAUUGAGAGUAUUGACACAAGUGCUUUUCAAUGUUGUCCUCCUCAACCUGGUUGGAUAUGGGUCUUGACUUUUCUCUUUGUUUCAACUGCAUUUACAUUAGUUGCUGAAGUCACAUUGCAAACAGUGUGCCAUAGGAAAAUUUGUAUGAAUACUAUCAAAAGAAAUACCUGAACGAUUUCACCUUUGACAGGUGAACAUAGUGACGUUGAUCCUGAUAAACUUGUAGAUCUCUAAAUCUCAGAGCUGAGAAGCAUGAUAUACAAACAUGUAUCAGAGGUGUCUCGCUUUAUUACUCUCCAGCUCUGUGCACCAUAGUAAACUUCUGAAAUGCAUGACUUAAAGUGAGAGAAAUAAAAUAAACAGAUCUACAAUUGACUGCAAACAGUUCAAGUGGUCCACUGCAUCAUUAAAUAAAAUGCAAGAAUAUGGUCAAUUCUUUGAAGUCUAAAAUUGAGACAGCUGACCAAGGUAAACUCUUAUGAGUGUUGACAGCUGUCAAUAAUAAUUUAAUAAUUAGAUCGCCUGGAUGAGUACUGCAAAGGCCGGUUAUCACAUUGUCAGUCAACUGUCAACAAUAAUCAUUUUCAGGACUACACACACCUGGACAAUCAUAUUCCACUUUAGUAUAAGGUUCAAAACUGUUCAGCUGCCUGGUACACACUGUAACUUGUGGUGGACAUUAUGACCACUCUCACCGUCACAAAACAUCUUAAAGAUUUACGUGGACGAGAUAAUAUCAGACAACAUAUCAAAUUUUAGAUUCUCUUAUUUUAAAAUUUUAGGCCAUUAUGCGAGUGGCUCACAGCUACAUGUUUCACUGCACUCAUAUAGAGAGCAAAGGCUGAGAAAUAUCUUAAAGUGGAAGAGUCUAUACCAUGUUUGAACAGUUAAUUCUCCUCUUGCAGGCACAUUGCUGUUAUCCCAAAUCACUGUCAAAAGUUACAGAUGUAUGUGGUCCAUAAGGGCAAUUAGCUUUUUGGACCUGUGGCACUUCUCAAAGUUCAUCUUAAUACUCAUCAACCCCUGCCUGUUGCAGUCUGCAACCAAUAGCUAAACAUGUGGCCUAAUAGUUAUAAUGGCUUCCAGGUACAGAGUAAAAGACUCACCUUCUAGGGGUGUCCAAAAAUAUAGGGGCUUUCAGGGCUCGAAAUUAAAAAAAAUGUCUGGUCGCAAAUUUGCGACUAGUUACGAAAAUUUGGUCGCAACUUUGAAAAUGUUAGUCGCGAAAUUAAUUGAGGCCAUUUAAUCAAGAAAUAAGUAGGCUUUUAAAUGAUUAACGCUUUAAUUUUCAUUCUUUCAACAGCUUUCAGGUCAUUUCGAGACUUAAUAGUACAGAACGUUUAGCGUCUCGGACAACACCAGUUCAUCUAAACGAUCAAGCUGAACCUGCGUUAAGGCACAUAAAUUAGUGUCUGUUAUUUUAGUCAAAGCGAUAGAUUUCCAAAUUCAUGAACAGAUAUUACAGCAGGAAACUGCAGUUCUUAAAUGCCUCCAAUCUCUGCAAAAUAGCAAUAACAUUUGUACUGGGCGGACAUCCGACAUGGUUAUAGGUUACGUUACGUAACUAAAUUCCUUUAGUUUUACCUUUUGCAGGUUUUCCACCGAUGACAAAACAAGUAACGAAUUAUUUUAUAUA